AUGGACCCUCAGACCGCCCGGGCCCUGGCGCUGGGGGCCGCGGAGCCGCCUCGGGGCCUGCCCAUGGCGAGCGGGCGGGAGUCGCCCCCCAGCCCUGAGGCCGGCUUUGCCCCAUGUGACCACCCCGGUCAGGAGAAAGAAAAUGAGAAAGCCACUGAUCGACUAGCCCAUGGAGCACAGAGCAUCGCUAAUGGUGGUCCAGGCAGCAAUGAGGGCGACCAUUCGGAAGAGGAAGGCUUUGCUAUGGACGAGGAAGACUCUGACGGGGAACCGAAUACCUGGGAGCUGUCAGGAGGGGUGUCCAGCCGUCUGCCCAGGGAGCAGGCUGCCGACCUUUUUAAUGAGGACUGGGACUUGGAGUUGAAAGCGGAUGAAGGGAAUCCGUAUGAUGCUGAUGACAUCCAGGGCUGCAUUCCUCAGGAGGCCAAACCGUGGGUGUGCUGUGCCCCGCAAGGAGAGAUGGUCUAUGACCCCAGCUGGCACCAUCCGCCUCCGCUGAUACCCCAUUAUUCCAAGAUGGUCUUUGAAACGGGACAGUUCGAUGACGCCGAAGACUGA